CGUGUAAUAUUCCCUCAGAGAGUGAUUCCAUUAUAUAUAUAUUCAGAGGUUUCAACUGUAUCCUGUAUAAGUUAUUUGAAAUUCAAUGUAUUGUUUUAUUUUCCAAGUAGUGAUAUCGUUCCAUACAUAAUUCCCUUCCUCAACGGCAAGUGUUAGACAUCCACUGUUGGAAAUUUCCAUGUUAAGAUGAUUCGAGAAAGAUUAGUGUUGUUUUUGAUCAACAUUUUCUGUAUGCAAUCUUACAUCUAAAUUAUUCUCAAGUACGCAGUUAUGAAAUUCUAAAGCUAAUCAUAUCAAAGGUCCACCCGUGACAGUUAUGGCCGUAAGUCACCUCUCCCUGUACUCCUACUUUCAUCCUCAUGAUCCUACGAAUCCCAGGCUAACACCUUCACAGGUCGCUGGUAUCGGCGCCGACUGUCUCCUCAACACAAUUCUCUUCAUGCUCGGCGUCAUUCCAGGCCACAUACAUGGUUUCUACAUAACCUGCACUUAUUUCUCGCGCAGGAAGAAGGUGCGUAAGGGUCAAUAUCCUGGCGGCCCAAAAAUGGGUAUCUACAGUGAGAGGGUUUGGUAUGGAGGUGCGAGUGCGAAACGGGUGGAUGAGUUGUGGGAGAAGAGAGAGGAUGGGAGAUUAGAAAAAUUGGACAGGGAGGAAGAGAGGAGGGCUGGCAGGAAAAAGAUUGGGGAUAGGAGGGGUGCUGAGAAGAAAUGAGGUGAUGAGAAUGCACAAUGACACCAAGGCGGGGAGGAUACGCAGGUACAGUGGGCGGGAGAGGAGUGAGGAGGAGUAGAACGAUGACGUAAGGCAUCUUUAGAGAAUCAUAUCCAAACAAGCCGGGAAUUGUGCUCACUUGAGCAGGGAAAAAAAACAAAGACCUUGCAAGGGGCAAAUAGA